AUGAGUGCCAACCCCGCACAAGUCCCUCGAACCGACCAAUCUUCCUCGAUGAACGAUAACGCUCUUCCUUUCCCUACUCAGAAAUCUUCUUCGAACAAUGCUCAAUCAAUUUCAGAGCUCAGUCUCGCCGUCAACUCAUCACAACCUCCUAAUAUUGUUCAUAAGAAGUCUAGCAUGAAUGACUCCACUUCCAAUGUCAACCUUGGUCGACAACCCUACAUGGCAGAUCAUACUUCGAUGCCUGAAGCGGGUCCAAGCUCACGACCUUCUCCCGCCCUCACGGCGAAUCAGAAAUCUUCUUUAUCACCCCUCGCAGGGACCAAGCAAAAGCCUAUAGUGAUCGAAGAAAAGGAAGAAGGGGAAAUCAGUGAUGAUGAAGUGGUGGAGACUGACCCUGUACCUGAACCAAAAAGAUCGGUCCCACAGCAACCAGCUCCUCCACCAUCGACAGUCUUUCCCCAACCUGCCAUACCUCCGUCCCCCCCUCAGCGGGCGAUACCAUCGCAUCCUCGCGGACAACAUUCACAGAAUCGAAUAGCACCACCGUCCACUUUUCUAAACACCCACAAUCGUCCUUUGAGCAAAACCCAAAGGAAGAAGAUGGAGAGACGAGCUAAGGCUGAGAUGAACGCUCAGAGAAGACAAAACUCACCAUAUAAUCAAACUCCAUAUCGCCAGUAUGGUCAACAAUCAGCAUCAACAUCUCCUGCAUCGACACCCCACAAUGUUGCACCGCCUGCGAUUGAAGGUAAAGGGCAGGGGAAGGAGAAGGAGAGGGAAGAUGAGGAAGCAGAAGUGUCUCUGGAAUUGAAUGAUACCGUUGCACCAGCAGCUACUAACAUGUCGCCUGAAGAAGUUGAGCAAUAUAUCGAUAUCAUCCGUAACCUGAUUUCCGAGGGUGUCUCGCCAGACACUCUAGUCCAACGUGGUGCUUCUCCCGAAUACGUCAUGAAAGUUUGUCAAGAGAUAGUGGAAGGUACCAAGAACCGUAAAGCGUUAUGGCUAGAAACGAGAGAACAACCCAGAGCAGAAAGUGAGGCUCCAUCUCUGCCUCCUGCUGAACCUGGAUAUAAAUCACCCAGUCCCGAGGUGGAAGUGGUAACAGUGAAUCAAAGUGGGAGGUCAGGAUUGGAGAGGAUCAAAAGCGACGAUUCGAAUGAUUCCAACCUUUAUAGUUCAAUAGAAAGAAUGGACAAACUCCAAAAUGGGUUUGCACCGAAAGCCAUCGCCAAGCCAACUCAACCCAUUAGGAUCGAAAGCUAUAAACCCGGUCAACCAUCCAGACCUCUUUCGCAACCUUUCACUUACUCCACCAUACCUACUGAGCCUACACAUCGAUCAAAGAAGAGACAGAGAGACAGUGCAUUGGCAGUCGGAUCGGAUGUCGUUCUCAAUUAUGACGAUGCAGCUACUCACCCUGCUCAACCAGCUCAACCAGCUCAACCGAAACUUCCCCCAUCGGGAGCAAGACUAGGUACAUCCAAUCCAUUCUCUGUUCUCGAUACUAUACCACUUACUCCGCCAUUCUCGCCACCUUCCAUCGUCAAAGCUAUGGUCCAAGCAGAUAUCCCACCUGAACCUACAGCACCCCCUCCUCCCGCCCCACCACCACUCACUGCCGAGCAGACCCUGCAAAAUACCUUACUGGAAAGUAGAAGGAAAGCAAUGGAUAGCAUGCGACGUCGUCGGGCGGCUGUACCAAAACCGAUAUCAUCGGUGCAGUCAAUCACACAGGUUGAAGUCUCCGAAGAAUCCACACCUGUAGUCGACGAUCAAGCUGUUGAACUUCAGAAAUCGAUUGAAGAGCAGAUGGCAAGUAUCGAGAAGGAAGUGCUGGAAGCUGCUGCUGCCACGAUCGAAAACAAUCCGAUUGUACCUGAACCUGAACCUGAACAGAACGAGGACGAAGAAGAACAGAUGGAUCUGGAUGAGCCUGAAGAAGGUGAAAUUAUACCUCCUCUUAUUGAUUCAUCUAUUCCAGAACCGGUCAUUCCACCAUUUAUUGGAUCGACUUCACUGCCUGUCCGACCCCCUCGAGGUAUCAAACGAAUGCAUGCAGAAGAUCUGAAUGAGAACAAAGCGACAUCGCUCCCUUCGAGAAGUUUGCCCCCAGCCAAGCGUAAGCCAUUCGGAGCCACUCAACGUGCUCAAAGACUUGUACUUCACCUGGAUGAUUCCGAUUCUGAAUCUUCGGAUGAUGAGGACACGCCUACGCCAAAUGUCAUUUUCACUCCUACCGGUGAUGUCGAUAUUAUCGAAAGACAAAGGAUGUUAGAAGAGAAAGAAGCUAGUAUACGGAAAUUGAAAGAGCAGAUUGCAGCUCGAAUGGCAGCUAGAAAGAAGAAAGUAGACGAUAACGUCGCGGGUGGUACGCCUAUGGAGAAGACUGCAAGUCAAGAUACUGCUUCGCAGGUAGUGCGAAAUGCUCUACAACCGGUUGAGGGAGAGAAUGGGAGUAUAUCACCUAUUCCCGCUGAUGUCCGGCAAUUGACUAAGGAGCUGGUCCAAGCUGAAGCUGAGGUCGAGGCUAUGGAUAUCGAUCCUGUACCUGAGUCUAUCAAGGGAGAAAAUCGCGAAAUGACCUUUGAAGCCGAGCCUAACGAUGAUAAGCGACGCCUUCGAUCGAUCUCUCCUUCAGUCAUACAAACGAAUGUUCAGGAGGCAGUCCUCAAUGUACCUAGCCAAGCGUCGACUUCUAAAUUCACAAAUUAUCAACCACUGUUGAAUCGGUACCCUCAACUCAACAAUACAACUGUUGAUUCAUCGCUCUUGCCUUUUAUUCAGAUCGAUACCACAUCAUCACAGCACGAUUCGCCUAAUUUGAUCGAUACUGAGAGGCUGUUUGGCCAUAUUGAUCGACGAUUGCUAAAUUCAAUCAUACUGACUCGCCUGUUACAGGCCAACCCGUCUAUGAUAGCUUGUCAAGCUGAGAUGGGCGGUGGGACAUGUGCAGAUAGGACAUGUAAAGAUCUGCAUCUGGAUAAAGGGAUCAUACCAACUGACGACGAUCUGGUGGAAUAUAUUGGUCAGACUUUGUCAAGUCAAGGCGGUCAAUAUAAUGAUAAUGUCAAUAUCAGGAAUGCGUUCAUCGAAGCUAAAGAGGAGUUGCGUAGAAAUGGUCCUGUCAAUUUGGAGCCAGAUCAAGGAAUAAUAGCGCUGAUGAAGAAAGUUGGGCGAAACCUCAAGCACAAUAUAUGA